AGUAAAUCUCUAGUUUCCAUACAUGCUUGUGCAGAACAUGUAGACCAACAUUCCACACCUGAAUCUUUGGCUGACAGUUUCCAUUUGGUGUCAGCUAAUUGUGAUUUAAUCAACAAAACCUCAAUGAGGAGAACUAAAAAAACAGUUGCAGCAACAAAAUUAGUUUUUCCGAAGGAAAGGAGUUCAUUGGCUUCAUCUGAUGGCACUGGCACAUCAACAAGCUCAUGUAAUGUGCAAAGGAAUAGAAAAUAUUCUGAAGGAGGAUGUCUACAGGCUUUGGACCAUGCAACACAGGAACUUAAAGGUUGUAAUAAUAAAAGGAAAGCAAAUAUAAAUUUGCCCUCCCCAGGGCAAGCAUCCAGCUCUGUUAAAGAAGGUGAUAUUGCAGAAAUGAAUUCCAUAUUGAAUGUACAUCAUAAAAGUAAUAUCUCACCUUUGAAGCACAAAUGUUCCUCUUCAAGUAAAAAAAAUCCAACUAGCUCUAAGAAAAAUAGUGACUUAUGUAAACCCCAAUUUGAUCAUGUAACACCUACUAGAAAUGAAUUAUGUGAAGCAAGACCUUUUUCAAGCAGAUCCCCUUGUGAUUACACCAUGUCAGAGGUAUAUGAGGAUUUCUUUUCUCCUGGCAAUUUGAAUGGUCAAAGUAAGUCAAGACUACCAUUACAUGUGUUUCCACCUGAAUCACCAAGUCCUCCCAAAAUAAAUUCUGUAUGUGUUAAGCAGAAGAGAAAACUACAAGGAACUAAUCAGCCAAGUUCUAUAGCUAGAACAAAAAGAAUGAAGGCUAUGACAAAUUUCAAUGCUUCAGAGCAGCUGAAUCCUGGUGUUUGUAAUUCAAAUGAAUCUUUGAAUAUGAUUACAGUAAUUGACAAUAAUAACCCAUAUAAACAAAAUGAUGCACAACAUCCAGUAGCUACAAGAAUUCAUAACCGAAGGAAGUUUUGUAUAAAACAACUACUUGAACAUUUUCUUGAUGAAUCAGAGGAAUUGCCAAGCAAUAAAUUGUCUUUGAAGAAAGGGUCAGGUUUUCCCAAGGGUAAUGGCGAAAGAAAAUUUGAUUUAUUUUCAAAUGAUUCUCCUCCAACUUAUUUUUAUGAUCAUAUGAGCGGAGUAAAUCAUUCAUCAAAUUUGCAUAAUGAAACAAAAAACAACACUCUAACUUCUCUAAAGUUUACCGAUCAGUUGAAUAAGGAGCAAAAUGAAAUGGAAAAAGUGCAACACCACCAAAAGAAUGUGUUAUCUAAAGAAAUCUUAACUGCUGGCAAUGAUAUGGAAGAUAAGCAUCUUCAUGAACCCUGCCAAAGUCAUAAUAAGAAGUAUACAACUGAACUAACACGUACUACAAUUGGAUGCAAAAGGAAGACGAAAAAGCCAAGCAGAACACUAGUCAUGACGAGUAUGCCUUCAGAGAAUCAGAUUAUUGUAAUGCAAGUUGUGAAACACCUCGGUGGCUUUUUGUUCUCGGACCAAGUGAAUGAAACAACUACUCAUGUUGUCGCAGGACACCCACGACGUACAUUGAAUGUCUUAUUUGGAAUUGCCCAGGGAUGUUGGAUUUUGUCCUUUGACUGGAUUCUUUGGUCUUUGGAGCAAGGGUUUUGGGUUCCUGAAGAGCCCUAUGAACUAUCAGCCCAAUUUCCGGCAGCAACUAUCUGCAGGUUAGAAAAACAGUCAGCAAUAGGAUCCUAUCGGCAGGAUUUAUUUGCAAAUCAGCCUCUGAUCUUCAUUUCACCCAGAAGUGAACCACCUACCUUAAUGCUUGAGAAACUGAUCCAGUUGUGUGGGGGCAAGGUGUGCAAAACUUUACGCAAAGCUGAAAUUUGUAUUGGACAGUACAAGGGAAAGAGACCUCCUGGAAAUCGACACUUGUCAGAAGGUUGGAUACUGGAUUGUAUUACCCAACAUGAGCUCUGCUCCAUUGACAACUACAGAAUCGAAUAGUUGAAAGCUCUGAUGAUAAAUGUACUGUAGAAGAUAAAUCUACUUCAGUCAUUAAAUAUAUUGUGUUCCUUUCAAGAAAGCUUAUACAUAAGAACAAUAGGUCACAUUUUAUAAGUAAAUGUCUACUUGACAAUUUUUGUUUACUAAUGGUGUGCUGUAUAAAGGGAACCACCUGUAAACUGAGGCAUCCUCAAUCUUUUUGAAUCAUUGAGUGUAGUGUGAUUUUAAAGUGCUUGAAUAUGUUUUAU